GCCCCUUUGGUGUUAACCACGGCGUGGAGCUCCAUUCGGACGUGAUCGAGUACGCCAAGCAGAAAUUGGACUUCUUCAUAAAGACAAGCGACAGCUUCGACAAACAAAUAUAGCUAUGGAGCAAAAGGGAGCUGAAUUCAGGAAUCAUCAUGACUGGAAAGCUGGCAUUGCUGAGUGAUGUCUGCUGGGUUGUGCUGUUGGAACACCGUGUGCAGGAACUGUUCACUGGCUGCUCUGAAUGUCCAGCACGCUUUGCAAAACCAGAAAGCUUCAGGAAGUGUUUAGGAAUAAAUAGGUGCUAUACUGAGCUGCCACUCAAGAUACCAGUAGAAGAAUGGAUGUGUUGUACAACUUCAUAAAUGUAGGGCUUAAAAUUGAUGUAUUUUUUGAGCAUGUAAGAAAAGCAGAGGCAUUAUUGAAUCAUUCACUUUUCUUUUACACUGAGUCAGAAAUGCUGUGGGCAAAAGGUCUUUCUUUUUUUAUUAAGGGUAAAAUUACAGUUCUUUUGAAACUAAGGGCAAAAUUCCUUUGGCUUCAGCACAGCGUAAUUCUGUAGCAUCAGGUGAUAGCUCCCCACAUCUGAAAAGCCAGCUUUUGAAAAUGCAACAAUAAAUGCAGGUGCAGUCCUUAAAAGACUUUCUUGUUUGAAGUCAGAGGUCUGAUAUUUAUAUUUGCAUAUUAUGACUGAGUCAGCAUCAGGUGACUAAAAAUAGCUUGUUCUGAAGAGUUCCCUGCAUCUCAAGUGGGAAAUUAUGCAUCCUUAUCCUUUGGAGAGUUUAAUCCAUGAAUUCUGACCUCAUUGUUCUGCGGUUUUGAGACUUCUACCUGUGUUCUGUCACAAUAAUGUCUAGAAUAGGUGGGCUUUGGAGGAGAAAUCCUGUAAAACUGGGGUUUUUUCAAACAUUUUUCGUAGUUUAGUUAUUUCAUAGUUGCGAAAAUGAUUCAUUGGAUAAAUUGUAAUAUUCUUGUCUGAUACAAGUCAUCUUCACUUUCAGAUUCGAAUUUUGUGAGCCAUCCUUUGUUACUGGCAAUUGUCUAGAGAUCUCCCCGGACUGCACUCAGUAUGACCGUGUUUACUGUGGUGCUGGAGUACAGAAGGAACACGAGGACUACAUGAAGAACCUCUUGAAAGUUGGGGGAAUUCUUGUCAUGCCUCUGGAAGAGAAGUUGACUAAGAUAACUCGUACUGGCCCUUCUGCCUGGGAGACCAAGAAGAUUCUUGCUGUUUCUUUUGCUCCUUUGAUUCAGCCAAACCACGCAGACUCGGGAAAAUCAAGGCUUGUUCACUUGCCCCCCGUGGCCGUUCGCAGCCUGCAGGACCUGGCUCGCAUCGCCAUCCGGGGAACCAUUAAGAAAAUAAUUCAUCAGGAAACAAUGAGCAAAACCGGGAACGGGCUGAAGAACCCCCCGAGAUUUAAACGGAGGCGCGUCCGUCGCCGGCGCAUGGAAACGAUUGUUUUCUUGGACAAAGAGGUCUUCGCCAGCCGGAUCUCCAGCCCGUCAGAUGACAACAACAACAGCGAGGACAUCGAGGAGGAGAGGCAGGAAGAGGAAGAAACCAAACCCUCUGAACUAAAGCCAGACCCUCCUGUAAACUUUUUGAGGGAAAAGGUCUUGAGUCUGCCUUUGCCCGAUCCCUUGAAGUAUUACUUGCUUUAUUACAGGGAGAAGUAGUUUCCUUCUUCUGGGAAGUGGGAAGUAGGCAGGAAAUAAAAGUACUACUUAGGGCUUGACAAAUGUACACCACUUGCUUGCCUGCAAAUGUGACCACCCAAGGCAGUAGGCUGGGGAAUGUGGCUGCUGUAAACUUCAACAUUAUAGCUUUUUUGAGUUUCUUCGUCCUUCUCAGUUGUGUGCUAUAGUUUUAUCCUACAGCAGGGAUUCCUUAGGAGGCAAGUUGGUGAAAUGCUCAGCUGCUUACGGAAAGGAGGAUUUAAUUCCCUUGAAACUAACUGCACAGAGAUACUCUAAAAAUCUCAGAGCUGCUCUACCGAAUAUCAGUUUUGAAAAACUCUUAAGCAGUUCCCCCAAGACCUUUCCUGUCUGUGCUCUCUCCCACUAAACCUGCCAUGUGUUUAUCGUGGUGUGUGUUUAAUGGAGGAUGAAGAUUGUUAGGAAAAACUGACCUGGCCAAUCUAGUUUCUUCCAGUAGUGUGAAAAAGCACAACUUUUACAGAAAGGAAGGAAAUUUUUGGCAUUACCCUUGUGGCAUCCAGGUUUUGAAUGAGAAGGAAAGCAUCAGCUCCUCUUUGGUUGCUCUGUUUUACUUUUAAACUAUAUCUAAUUUUUCAGUAAAGAGCAAAAUUGUUUUACAGAAUACUGGUUUUCUUAAUGGGAAACACCUGUUCUAGUAAAUGAGUUGGGGGUUUUUGUGGUUUUGGGGUUUUUUUUUUGGUGUUUUCUUUUUAAAGCGAUGGAGGCAAGUAAGGAAUUGCAAAGCUUGCUUGGCUUUGACAGGAUGCAGAGGUUGUCAAAGUUGGGACUGUGAUCUCUGAAAUUUUACAGAGUAAUUCUGAAUGGGGAGGAGGGUAGAGAGGAACUGCAGAGCAGUGGGUUUGUGAAAACUGACUGUGAAAGCAGAAUCUGGGGGUUUUGCUGUCCUGUGAGAGAAGUGUGAUCAUCUGGGCUGAAAGAGUGAGGCGCAGAGCACCAGCCUGAGAGGUAAAUAAGCCCAAUAUAGUUUUCUGGAGAGUAUCUACAACCUGGAAACAGUCUAGAAAGGCAGACUGGUGCAGUUUUUAGGUGUUCUGUGUGUGCCCCUGCUGUGGCAAGGUGAGGUGAUUGGAAUACAGCUUGCUCACGAGUUCCAAACCUUUAUGUAAUGCAGAUUUGCAAGAUGAUUUUUGGAAUCAGUACACACACCACUGAUCUGGAUUUAAUGCAUCAGAACAGUUAAAGAGUGAAUUCACUUACCUGGCUUAUUGACCUGUAGACAGCAGAUACCCAGAGGUGAUUCAGUUCAUUUCUGCACUUCAAGGGACUGCCUAAACCAAACAUGUCUGGAGUUUGUUCCAUGCAUUCUGACCUGCAGCUCCCCUCUUGUCCUCUGGGCUCUGCUUCAGUGCUUAAUUAAUGCAGAUUUUUGAGAGGUGGUGUUCAAAGCUUUCAUUUCUCUGGUAUUGAGAAUAAUAUUUUGGCUUCAGCUGUGGUAGGAAACUGGUCACAACAGCAAAUACAGCUGCUGCUAAUUAAAUGAAUCUGUUAACCUUUAUUCCAUAGGAUAAUUGCCUGUCUGUGUGUUUCUUCCUGUCAUCUGUGUGUAUGAUAAAUGUCCCUUUACCAGCUAUAACAGGAGAUUAGUUUGAUGUUAAUGUUUUCCUUCACGUGAUGCUUGCUGAAAGAAAAUCCUUUUCUGCUUUGGAAAGCCAUGGAUGUGUCAUGGAAAUGGUAUCGAGGAAAUUAAAUUUGUCAGAUGAUG